CGAGUAAAACACCAAAAACUGGCAAAGUUGAAGGACCAAAUGCUAAAUAACUUCGUAUAUGAGUUAGGUCUUUCCCAAAUUUGUAUGAAUUAGGGUUUUGUGAAAAACAACUGCGUCUUCCAGAUUCUGCAACACACGAAGGAAAAAUGUCGAAAAAGAACAAUCUCGCAAAGAGAAAGAGGCAGCACGAAUUCGAACUCCGAAGAGAAAAACUCGAGAAGGAGAAGAAAGAUAAGAAGCUUCAGGCGAAGAAAAACAAGAUGAAAGUUGAUGGUAGUGACAGGAAAAAGAAGGGUGGAAGUGGGUUUCAGGUGGGAAAGAAGAAACUGAAGACCAAGUUAUCAGCUUUGUCUAAAGCUAAAGCUGCACAGGCAAUGGAGCUUGAUAAAUAAGGUAGCUUUGUGAGAUCUUGUUUAAUUUAAUGCCGAUGCCGUUGCAUUUAAAUUGAUAGAGGAUAGAGUUGUUUUGAGGUUCUGUUUCUGUAUUCUUUUUUGUUGAGUUAUUUGACUAUGAGGGUGUAAGAUGUAUAUUAGGUAUAGCUAAUCUCAUUGUAGUUGCUGUCCCUCUGUUGCAAUUUUGUGUCUAAUCAACUUUCUAGUUUUAUCUUUA